UAACGAUCUCAAUACAAAACCAUCGAGCAAACGUUUAGAAAAUUGAUAGUUUUUUGCUUUCUUAUUUCUGAAACUUAAGCUGUUUUUCUUUUGUCUGUGCAAGUCUGCUCGAAGCGCAUCUGAUGCCGCAAAUUUGUUGUUCAGAAUCGCUUGCUAAAAAGAUGGCCGCCGAAUAUUACUUUGAUGCUCACUGAUUAUCGAUUGAUGAUAUCUUUGCUCAUUUGAAAAAAUCAAUUCUUAAAGGGAGUUAUACUUUAUCAAAAUCAAAGUCAAGAGCGUCUUUUAUUUUGUACCAAAACUAUCCUUUAUGCUCGAUAUAUUUCUGAUCGGCUUCUUAAAAUUAAUUUUAUUACUUAAUUGAUCUUAUUUUUUAAUCUCUCAAGUUUGUUUCAUUCUUAUUAAAGCCACUUAUAACAUAUUGUUAAUUUGAUUUCAAAAAAUCCGAGGUAAAAAAGAUAACAGUAUCACGUGAUAGAUGACAGUAUAUUCUUCGAUAUAAUUCCAAAAGGAGUAUUUUAACUUCUCCCAAAAGACCUCCGCAAAAUGUGGUCUACUCAGCUACAUAUCUUGACUCAAAUCUUUCUGAUUCCAUCGAUAUUCUCAAAUGAACGACCUUCGAAGAGAAGAAACGUGGAAGUAGAAAAGGUCAAUUGGAUCUACCAAGUAGAUGCAGAUCAACACGUGAUCACCUUUCGUCCCUCUAGUGAUGAACUUGAAGUCCAGCAAGAUUACAGCAAAAUUGUGUCCGAGUAUGAAUUCCUGAUAAAAGUUGAAUGUGGUUCUAUCGGCACUUUUGAUCUCGGAAAAUUUCUCACUUCCAGCACACUCUCAGAAUCAACUGCCAACUGGCGACUGAAGUUUUCGACCAUCGAAAUAACAGACGGACCGAAUCUAUCAGAAAUCAUUCCUUCUAAACUUAAGAUUCUGACAAUCAAAUCAAUAACUUUGAAUAAACUGAGCAUGUCACAUCUCGAGUUUAAAAGUUUUGCAAAUUUUCCCAACUUGGAGACGCUCACGCUUCAGAACAAUAUGGCCAAAGAAAUCUCAAUUGACUCCAAAAUUGCGCAGCUUAAAAAGUUACGUAAUCUGAAUUUAAUUGGAAACAGGCUGAAAGAAGUUCCCUUUAUUGACUGCAGUUUUGCUGAGCUAAAUUUGAAUUUCGAGGACAAUUUAAUUUCGAACUUUCCAUUAGAGAGAUUCCAAGAGAUGUUUAGCAGAUCUAAAUCAGUAUCAGUUAAUUUUGCAAACAACCCAAUCAGCUGCGACUCUUCCUGGAUUGAAAUAAAGUCUGAGUUAUCAUCUUUGAGCUACCUCAUGAUUGAGUUCAAAAAUGUUAUUUGCAACCAAGCUACAGAUGCGAAAAUGAAAAAUGUCAACGUCGCAGAGGUGAAAAAUUCCGAACUGAAAGCUCCGGUUAUUCCAAUUUUCAGUUCCGAACUGAAUAAAGUCUGGCAGUUUGAUGCCUUUGCGGUGGCUCCAUGUGCGAUAGAAAAUGAAGAACAGAUUUUUCCGGAUGUGUUCAAAGAGUGGAGAUUUGGCUCUUCCAAGUACGUGUUGCAGAGUUGGAGGAACGAGCUCAUUUUCAAAUCUUCGAUGGUCCCAUGGGCUGCGAUUGACAACGAAGGCCAACUUAUCAUCAAACUUCACUCCAAAAACAACAAGCAGAACAACAUUCUAGAACCUUCUCCGGAUUCCGAUAUCACGUGCACUGUCUUCAACUCCUUCUUCAACCAGACUAUGAAGUUGGACUUAAUCGACCCUAAUUCGUCACUUGAGUCUUCUUCGACUCAAUAUUGGCCAGUUGCUCACUUGCUUUUGGUCUUCUUAGCUUUUCUAAUCGCAUUCCUAUCUUUAAUUCUGAUGCUCGUUUUUCUUAUUUUACGUUUUUGUACCAAAAAAGGAUCAAAGUUUUGCUCGAAAAGACGCGGGCGGAAUCCGAACUCAAUCACAGACGACCCGGUUACAAUCUAUUCGAUGCACGAAUCAAAUCGCCGAGGUCAAAGCAACUCGCGCAUCUCUCGUGCACUUGACGAAUCCGCAAAUUCGCGCAUCUCUCGUGCACUUGACGAAUCCGCAAACCGCAAUGUGUUUGACCCUCCGAAGUCUAAUGAAUCAUCGCCGACGUUCUCGGAGGGGGCGUCGCAUUUGGAGUGGGACCCAGAUCAAAGUGCCGAAUUGUACAUUACACGAAACAACUCGUUGUGGAACUCGAGAAUAUCCGAACCGUCUACACCCCUGUCGGCAUCAUUCGUCUACGCCAAUCGGUCGCGCCUAGGAUCUAGGCUUGAAAGCACAUGUAGUGAACAAAUGGCUUAGUUGGAAUAAAUUUACGAGGAGUUAUUAGAAUUUAUACAUAUAUCUAAGCGCACCAAGCGUACACAAAUGAUGAAACAACCUUGCUGAUAAUUAAUUUGAAUCGUUUCGUUAUUUGUAAAAUAACUGAAUUAGCUUAACAAUAAUCAGCUUUUUAUAUCAAGUUUAAUUUCAUAAAAGUUGUAGUGUAAAACAAUAAAGUGUUUUUUGUUCUGUCACAGAUUAGGUUUUCUAUUAACAUGAAUAAA